AUGAAUCGCUUGCCGUAUGUCUGCGCCUCCUGCACGGCGCAAAUUGCCCGUAUUUCGCCUCGUCCUCACAUUCAACUGUCAAGAUUGACAUCACUCCGCCGGCAUUACAGCGUCCAGGCUGAUCGCCCGUUUCGCAUCGCCAUUGUGGGCUCAGGUCCGGCCGGUUUCUACGCAGCGCAUCGAUUGCUGGGCAAGUCCGAAGAUGCGGUGGUGGAUAUGUACGAGAAGCUGCCUGUGCCGUUCGGGUUGGCGCGGUACGGUGUAGCUCCAGACCACCCGGAGGUCAAGAACUGCGAGGAAAAAUUUACGGAAGUAGCCGGAUCUCCUCGUUUCAAUUUCAUCGGCAAUAUCGAACUGGGGGAGAAUCUUCCCCUCCGUAUCUUGAAACCCCACUACGAUGCCAUUCUGUUCUCCUAUGGAGCACCAAAAGACAAAGAGCUGGGAAUCCCGGGUGAAAAGGCAACUCGAAAUGUAUAUUCGGCCCGUGAAUUCGUGGGAUGGUACAAUGGUCUUCCGGAACACCGUGAUCUGGCACCAGAUCUGACCGCUGGGGAGGACGCUGUGAUCAUUGGACAAGGAAAUGUGGCAUUGGAUGUCGCACGCAUCUUACUUUCGGAUAUUAAUGAGCUGCGCAAGACCGACAUUGCCGAAUACGCGGUGGAGGAGCUACUGAAAAGCAAAAUCAAACGGGUGCGCGUGGUUGGCCGUCGAGGCCCGAUGCAGGCAUCCUUCACAAUCAAGGAAGUCCGUGAACUCCUCCAACUCCCAUCCGUCUCCUUCGACCCAAUCCCCAAAGACCUCUUCCCGCCAGACGACGUCAUCUCAGGCCUCCCACGCGCCCAAAAACGCCUCAUCCAACUCCUCGAAAAAGGCUCAACCAACGACCCCUCAAUAUCCACAAAAUCCUGGUCUUUAGACUUCCUCCUCUCCCCCGAAUGCCUAAACUGGUCCCCCAUCCACCCCUACCGCCUCUCGCACGUCAAAUUCUCCCGCAACGAACUCGACCCCUCAGACCCGUACUCCUCAAGCGCAAAAGUAACACCCAAGUACCUCUCCAGCGGCAACCGCGCACAGGUAAACAUCCCCGCAAACACAUUCUUCCGCAGCGUGGGCUACAAAUCGCUGCCCUUGCCGGGGCUGGAGGAAGAUUUGGGUGUUCAGUUCGACGAGCAGCGCGGCGUGAUACCCAAUGAUGGAUUCGGAAGGAUAACUACACCCAAGGUUACGGGUGAUACGCAACGUCUUCCGGAUGGUUCGCUCCUCUCGCAUAUUCCGGGGCUUUAUUGUGCGGGGUGGGUUAAGCGUGGUCCAACGGGGGUUAUUGCUACUACGAUGACGGAUGCGUUUAGUACCGCAGAUACGAUUUUGGCUGAUAUGGGUAGGCAGCAUGCGCUGCUGAACUCGCCGGGUCGGAGUACUGGUCUUGGUUGGGAGGGAGUGCAAACUGAAGCUAAGGAACGGAGGUUGCGGACGACGAGCUGGAGUGACUGGGAGAUGAUUGAUGCUGUGGAACGGAAAGUGGGAAAGGAGAGAGGGAAACUGAGGGAGAAGUUUGGUCGUGUUGAGGAGAUGUUAGAGGUUGUUUCGUGA